AUGUCGAAUCACUCUCAACGCUCAACGUAUGCCCACAAUCUGGGCAAAGACCCGAAGUCCACCGAACAGGGUUUCGUAUGGGACAUAGUCCCUUGCACCGGUUCUAACAAUCUAGACAUGCGCGAUAUGGAGUUUGUCGACGGAGGAAUCCAUUUUGUCCACAUCUACGGGGGAUCUGGGGUCGGCACGAUCCAGCCACGCCGGAUCGCCGUCGCCCUCCCACUGGCCUUUGUACAGUCCUUGGCAAACGUUGCGCUGGGUCCUGAGGCCGAAUCACGAGCUUCUGCCAUCAAAAGUUAUCUAAACCUCUGGCACGACAAGAGUUUUUUGUUCGAUAUGAUCCUUGAGGAUGAACGCGCACUUCGCUUGAAGAAGCGAAGACCCGAUUCUCAUCCCAUCCCCGCCAUCUUUCAGAAACACCCCACCCUAAUGCCCCGAGUCUUCAAAUCCUGGGCACCACUCAAUACUGUUGUGGAAAUCUAUUCCGAGGUUGUCGUUGUUAUUUACGAGGACCAGAACCAUAACAACCUUAUCCGCGUGCGCAUCGCUAGAGCCCCCGAAAUUCAACCCAUCAAACUAGCUCCUCGACCCUGUGCGGUCAACGCCAAACUAAGAUUCAUUGACGACCAUGUCUAUGAUAUAUCUCCACUUACGAUUGCUGUCCCUUCGGACCUCGCCAAAGUCAUCGAAAGCAUUGCCAUCAACGCAGCCAGGUGGGAGCCUUUCAUUUCGCAUCACUGCUAUCUGUACUGCUCUGGCUAA